CUUUUGCUGUUAUGGGCAGGCAGUGCGGCCCGUGCGUUCGUCGGGAGCGGUUCUCUCGCUGCUGCUUGUCAACAUCGCGAACAUCUGACAGCCUGAAAAAAUUACGUAAAUAUUACAACACUCACGCAUUGAUUAUUAUGAAACGUCUGUAACUGUAAGGCCGCAGCACUGGUCGGCCGUCGGUAGAGCGUAGGAACCCUGGACAGUGAGCAUGGUGUGCGAACCACGUUUUGUUUAAAUUGUGCGAUCCUGUUUGACCCUGGUGAUUUUAUUUUAUUAUAUCGUACGUAUCCUGCCCGGCCCGUGGUGUGCACUGAAUCAUCCGGCUCUGUGUUUUUGUUGUGAUUUAUUUCUGAUUGGAUUGUCACUUAUCUUUUGAUGUGACGGUGCUGCCAACAUGGUGUAGGCUUAAUCAAUGACUGUGCCAAAUUCUCCGCCAAAUAUGGCUGUGCCCAAAACGCAAAAGACUUUUCUCGUGUUAUAACUUCUCUAGUGAUAGACCAAUGAAACGGUGAAAUAUAACCAAACACCAUGGGACGGCGACGCUGGAGAUUCGUCACAAUCGCUUCGUUCCUGCUUUUUAUUAUAAAAGAGACGCAAUGUCAAGAUGAAAAUGAUUUUUACUACACACCGGUGGAAAGAAGUUUUGCUCAAGUACAACCGCCUUUAUUUCCAAACAGUCGGCCAACGUCAUUCUUUGACCAUGGAGACAACUUCAGGGUAGCACCGUCAGCACCGCAGCCGUUAUACAAUGACGCCCAUGUCAGAUUCCCUAGUCCUAACUACAACCAAAACCCCUCACCCUUCCAAUUGCCCACGGGCAGAAGUCAAUCCGGCACUCAAUAUUAUGUAAAUCAACCAGAAUUCACACCACAACGACAAAGGUUCAGGCCAGCACUGCCAUACAACUUCCAGAUGGUUCAUCCAGCAUCAACCAAGAGGCCAGAUGCAUCCCAAAUACACUCAGUGGCGUAUCAAAAUGAUCCAUCCAAACCAGAAACAUUUUUAGGCCAAAUAACAAUUAACAAUCCAGACAUAGACUACCUACGGAAUAGCAGGUUUAAGACUAUACCAUUUGAUGGUAAUAGCUUGAAGAGCAAUGGCCAGAGCGGUCAUAUAUCACAUGAUGAAGAUAUUGACAAUGAUAACCAAGAUCUUUAUGAUCAUCAUAGAGUAACUACUUACAAUCCAAAUAAAUUAGUAAGUAAACAAAGACUGAGUAAUAAACCUACAAGCUCGCGAUUUUCACAAUUUGAAUCCCCGUCUAAUGAUGACAAAUCUAACUUCAGGAACAGUCAGAAGUUUAGUAAUAACAAUUUCAAACCUGUAAAAUCCGAUGCAAAUGUUUACCACAGUUCUUCUACUGAAUACAAAGCCUUAUUAGAUUUAGAACCGCUUCUUGAGGAUGACAUAAGUGACAUAAGUUCAUUCAGAGAGUUGAUGAAAAAUAAACAAGCUUCUUUUGAUGUUCAAGUUAUUAAAUCGAACCAAAGUGAUUCAAAUUCAGAACAAACUGAAGACAGUAAGCCUGAUGCAAGUUCAAUGAAUGCUGAUAAUAAAAUUAUGACGUAUCGAAGACCUGGUACAACUUCUUCUUCUACUACUACAUCGACUGAAAAGUCUGCUGAGAUUCACCAUCACGAUGACAAUGAAAGUGGCGAGGAAGAGGAGGAAGGAGAAUAUGUCGAAUACUACGAUGAAACAGAUGCACCUGAAGUAAAACCGACAACACGGCAACCAGUAUCGUCGGAACCUGUGACUGAUAUUUAUGACGAAUAUGAUUCAAAUGAAGAAUCUGAAACAACUACUGAAGAAUUUAAAACUAAUUCAUCAGAAUUUGAUGUUUUAGUAACGAAACCAGUGAAUACUACGGUAAAAGACGACAAUUUCAAACAUUUUGUAGACACAACUAUUAUCGACCAAACUGAACACGACGAAGACAAAGUAACGACUGGGGCAACCGUCGAAUCUUCAACAUCUGAAGAAGACGUUAGUUCAAUUGAGACUCCAUCAAUUCUGGGACAAGAGGUUGUAUCUGUUGUUACCACGAAAAGCGUUGUAAAUGGAACAAUAUCUGUACCAGACGUCACUUAUGCACCCACUACUGCUAAAAUCAUCGCGGCGUCAGAAGCAUCAUCUUCAUCUUCCUUGGAAGAACUUCAAAAUAAUGACACAUCAACAUCUGUUACUACUGAAAAUUGGAUUGUUGUUGCAUCAGUACAAACUAGUAGAAGUGUGUCCGGAGCUAGAUUUUUGCCAUUCCCAGCAAUCGGACAAGAUGAUAAAAAACAAGCAUUGUCAGAUGAACAAGAAGGAGAUGAAGAGGAUGAAGAAACCGCUACCAAAGAUCCUAAGAUAGAAUCUGAUUCAGCUAGUAUCAUUAGUAGUUCAUCUUCAUCGUCAACUGAAAAUAUAAAUGACAAGUUAGAUAGCAUACAGUCAGAAUUAUCAAGUGCAGUACUUUCCGGAACAUUAAAUAAAGCGCAUAAGAUUGCAUUAAUUACUGAAACUACAACAGAAGCAACGACAACUAGCACAACAACGACCUCUACAACUACAACACCUUCUUCACUUAAUGUUUUUACUUUAAAGAGCACUGCACCAACUUCCGUGACAGAAAAAUCAGCCCCAGAACCGUUACCAGUUAACAUAAAGAAAUUCGCACCUCGUAUCACAACUACUACGACUCAAAAACCUAAGAAGAAAUUGGUGACUGUUAUGGAUGAUUUGUCAGGUCUCUUACCGCCAGGUUAUAAACCACGACUGUCAUUUAAAGAUAAAAGAACAAGUACAACAACUACUACUACCACCACUACGACUACCACUACUACAAGUGCACCAGAGCCGUCUUCUGAAGAGUCAGUAAUAAAUGGAACCCAAGGACGAUCGUCAGGCAUAAGCACUAAAAACAGAGUUAUUAUCUUAGAUGAUAAAUCAUUGCUACCUAAAGAAUACAGACCUAAAGAACAUAAACCACAAGAAGAACUAGUGAAAAAGUUCCAGACAGAUGAUAUAAGCAAGUUUUUGCCUCCAGGAUAUAAACCUCCUGCAUCAGAAGCACCUGAAGUAAAAGAAACCACAAAACCAAGUAUUGUAGAUAAAGUACAAAAAGUUGAUAUAACAGCAUUUUUGCCUAAAGGUUUUAAAUUGAAUACUUCAACUACAGAAAAAUCCAAAAUAGAACCUAAGAUACCGGCAAUUGUGCCCGUUAGUGAUUUAUCAGCAUUCUUGCCCCCUGGUUUUAAGCUGAAUUCAACGGAAGAGAAACCUAUUGAAUUACCAUUGGAUAAGAUUAAAGUUGCUGAUAUUUCGAGCUUACUUCCACCUGGCUUCAAAUUGAACGAAACUGAAGAGCCAGCUCCUCCGAGCUCAACAACCAAAGCUCCAGGUGGUAUAAAAUUAGUAUUCCCGUCAAGACCAGGAAGCAAAAAUGCAAGAAAAUCAACGCCCAGGCCAAACACAAGUAUUGGUCCUGCUCCUGUCACUCCUAAGAUUCAAAAAGGCUGGCCAACGAGAGCCUCCACCGAAUUCACUGGAUGGCCGUCCCCAUCCACAACACCAUUUUCAAUUGAGAAGCUUUUGGAAGCACAAAGGAAUGCAACCGCAACAAGUCCAAUGCCUGAGUUCAGCACUGAAGUAACGACACGACGAACGACGACGACGACGACCACGACACCAGCGCCGCCCCCGCCGACCACUCCCGGCGUUUGCAGACGGGAGUGUGAUAUCGCAGCUACUAUCAAAAUCGUUGCAGGUGCUAAAUGGAUACCCGAAUUAUUGGAUAGGAAUACCGAAGAAUGGCAGAAGUUGGCUGAUGAAGUCAAAGAAGAACUUAACUCUGUCUAUUCUAAGUCUGAUUUGCUUAAGAAAUGGUACAAGAACAUUCGUAUUGAUGGAUUCAGUCAGGGCUCUAUUCUCGUUGAUUACUUUAUUGAGCUCAAUGACGUUGAAGAGAGAAUCGACACCGUCGAUCUAAAGAAAAUGUUCCAUAGAUCCCUCCAUGAAGCCAAACCUGGGUCAGUCAUGGAGAAAGCAGUUGAAGACUCAACUAAUGAGGAAUUUGAUCCCGAUAAAAUGAUGGGUGACCAACCUGAUGAAGAUAGAAUGACGAAAAGUGAUGAAAAGAUGACUAAGACUAUAGACAAAUCUGCUGGAAAACUAGAAAUAGGAAAAUUUGUUAUGGAUCCUGCUUACACGGAAUUCAUUGUUCUACCAAAACGUGAGGAGCCGAAGGUAGUGGCACCUGAAGAGGAAUCGUUCCUGCCACAGUGGGGUAUUGCUGUAAUAGUGAUAGCGAUGGCUUCACUUUUGUUUGUUGUUAUUUUCGGAGUUACAGUGCUGGUCAAUCGGCAAAAAAGCGCUAAAGCGAAACAGCCAAUACCACUCAGCGAGGAUAUGCUCCGAGAACUGGACAAGAGCCACAUGGGUGGCUUCGAUGACAUGCAUCAGCUAAAGGAGAGGGAUCUGCCUUAUCUCCCUAGUGGAAAGGUAAAGCGCAUGUCCACGGCGUUCAUCGAACAGCUGGCAUACCCCAAUCCUGGGGACUCCUGGAGGUCGGAGUGGACUCCGCAGCUGCAGAAGUAUAUGCAGCACUACACUCCCGACUCGGGCAGGGGUUCGCAGAUAUACGGGCCUGUCGGAAAUGGAUAUGGAUACGGCGGUGGAUCACAGCUGUACGGGCAGACGGGAGGCGGCUCCCAGCUGUACGGAUACACGGGCGAGUACCCGCGCUCGCACUACUCGCGGCGCCGCUCCGAGUACGACAGCAACUUCUAGAAUAUGCUAGAACCACCCUGAGACUUGACACAAUUUGACAAUAUCACAUUUUCAAACCUCAAUUAAAAUCCCUAGUACCCAGUCGUCGUUUUAUCACAUAAAAUGAGGUCAUUUACUCGUACAUCAGUAACAGGUUGUGAAUACGUUUUAUUAUCAUCAAAUCUAAAUUAUAUCACAGAAUUUAUACGUAUUUUAUAUUAUGCAUUGUAUUUUUAGCAGCUUGUAGUCCGGCCUAUUUAGGACUAUACAGUGCCAAGCGUUAUUUUGCGUUUUGUAUCUACUUACUACGAGUUUAAUUAAUAUAAAACCAGCAACUGAAAUAGUUUUAAAUAAAAAUUGUCUGCCAAAAUAUUAUUAACUAUAUGACUGAUUGUGAGAUGUAAAUAUUGUAGAAUAAGAACUCACCAAUAUUGUAAGUCGGGAUUAGUAGAAUUCAUAGAGGGGAUGCUACAUCUAUGUGAUUUUUCAUUUGUGCUAUUACGAUAAAAAUUGUCUGCCCUUCUUUCUAAGUCUUCUUGUCAACUGACCCUCGCGUUCAGUUUGGCUAAUGAACUAUAUUAUUUAAUAUUCAGUCUUUUUAUCCGUAUGCUGCUAUAGAUGGAAUAUCGCAUACGUAAAGUGUAGUACUCCGGCCUAUGAAGUGUUUCUGUAGAUAACUCUCUGCAUACCUAUAUUUGCUCAGAACAUGUAGUGGAGCGUAUGGGCCGAGUGUGCGUCAAACGCCCCUGUGCCAAAUCGUCGUUCGUCGUACAUGUGUAAAUAUUAAAAUGUAACUUUCUGAAUAGAACAGAAUUAUUUAGAUGAGUGUAGAUAUCGUCUGGAAGCUAUAUUAUAACGUUGAGUGACGCGUAGCAACGUCUAGUUCGGUUCAAUGUUGAAUGGACCUCCACGUUUUCAAUAAGUAAGUGCGUGUGUGAACCUUAUAAUGUUAAGAAUUUAUUAAUUUUACAUUAACUUGUGCGUAACUAAAAUGUUAUUGAUCGUCAAUUUAAUUGUCGCGAAUAACAUCAGCAGGUAUGAAGACAUUAAUAUCUAAUUUAAUUAAUAGCCGAUAGGAAUAUUAUAAAUGACUAUAAUAAUGAACGCUGAAGUUUUUGAAUCUUCGAAAUGUUUUUCUCGAUUGUGUCAAAUAAAUGAUCAAUUUCAUCAUAGAUAUCGAUUGUUGUUGUACAUUCCUGGAAUUAUGAUCAUUUUAACUAUGUAUUUACCUACCAAUUAGUGUAAGUAUAGUUGCAUGAUAAUUCUUGUAUAUAAAAUCAAUUUUUGUACAUGUAGAUUUCUAAUUUAAUUAUUAUAAUUAUAGUUAGUGACAAACUAAACAAUUAAGACCCUGAAUAUAGAUAAUAAU